GUCGCCCAUUGAUGACGGAGGCCGUGGAGAGUCAUUAAGGUGCGGAGUGGUGUUGUUCGCCUCUCCCUCGUCAUGGCGCAGGCCCCUCCGCCUCCGCUUGACCCCAGCCGGCCCCCUUUGAUCGAGGGCUUCCAGCCGGGCGCUUACCACCACCGCGAGGAGGGCUUCGCGGACAAGUUCAUGCGCAAGACCCGCGAGAACCCGCUGGUGCCCAUCGGCUGCCUUGGUACAGCAGGAGUCCUAACUUAUGGGCUCAUCUGUUUUAAGAGGGGCAACACUCGCCAGUCCCAGAUAAUGAUGCGGGCACGAAUCCUGGCUCAGGGCUUCACCGUUGCAGCCUUGGUCGUGGGUGUGGUUGUUACGGCACUGAAGCCCAAGAAGUGAACACACUGCUACCAUGCAGGAAAAUGUGACUGUCCGAUGCCAUGUAGCCUAGGAAUGGGUCUUUCUAACAUGGACACGGUACUUGUCUUCCAGGAUGAUGUCUCAGAGUUAUGCUGCCAGAAGGCUCUAGACUUUUAUAUUACUGCUAAUAUAUUCAAGUGAUUCAACCUUG